CCCUUCACAACUUCAGGGCUCAUCCUCAAAAGAAAAAAAAAAAGGAAAAGAAAAUCAAAGUUAUUUUUCUUUCAAUUGAGCCCUUCAUUUUUCUCUCAGUUUCUUUCUUCCCAAACAACAAAUUUUAAAGAAAAUGCCAACAGAUACAAGCAAGCCCAUGAAAUUAGAACGAUACAAUAGCUAUAUUCGUAAAGUCCAUAGUACGAAGCUGUUGAAUGCUUCAUCUAAAUUUCUAUUUCGUGUUACCCUUCUUAUUGCUUUAGUUUUGAUCUUGUUUUUCACCAUUAAUUACCCUCCACUUUCGGAUAAUACCCACAGUGCACCUCACCAUCACCACCGUCAUAGCUUUCUUUCAACUUCACUGUUCUCCGGUUCUUCCCUCGUUGGUGGUGCGGCGUGGGAGAAACAAGUCCGUCACUCUUCGACUCCACGUAGGGUUAAUGGGUUUUCCGUUUUGGUCACCGGCGCCGCUGGGUUCAUCGGUUCUCACUGUUCACUUGCUUUGAAAAAACGCGGCGAUGGGGUUUUGGGAUUGGAUAAUUUUAACGAUUAUUACGAUCCUUCGUUGAAAAGGGCGAGGCAGAAUUUGUUAAGCAAACACCAAAUUUUCAUCGUCGAAGGGGAUUUGAACGACGGCCCGUUGUUGACGAAGCUGUUCGACGUCGUCCCGUUCACUCAUGUGCUUCACUUAGCGGCACAGGCCGGUGUACGGUACGCCAUGCAAAACCCACAGUCGUACGUUAAGUCGAACAUUGCUGGGUUUGUGAACUUACUUGAAGUAGCCAAAGCGGUGAAUCCACAACCGGCGAUCGUUUGGGCUUCGUCGAGCUCCGUUUAUGGACUCAACACUGAAAACCCAUUCUCCGAACGUGAUAGAACUGACCGUCCGGCGAGUCUUUACGCCGCAACGAAAAAAGCCGGUGAGGAAAUCGCUCAUACUUAUAACCAUAUAUACGGCCUUUCCCUCACCGGACUUAGAUUCUUCACCGUUUAUGGUCCAUGGGGAAGACCCGAUAUGGCUUACUUCUUUUUCACUAAAGAUAUUCUUCAAGGGAAACCCAUUGAUAUCUACAGAACCCAAGAUCAAAAAGCGGUGGCGCGUGACUUCACUUACAUCGACGACGUUGUGAAAGGUUGUUUAGGAGCGUUAGACACGGCGGAAAAAAGCACCGGUAGCGGUGGAAAAAAGAAAGGACCGGCUCAAUUAAGGGUUUACAACUUGGGAAACACUUCCCCUGUUCCCGUCGGCCGAUUAGUCUCGAUUUUAGAAGGAUUACUCAACACAAAAGCCAAGAAACAUGUGGUUACGUUGCCCAGAAAUGGUGAUGUCCCCUACACACAUGCCAAUGUCACGUUAGCUUACAAGGAUUUUGGGUAUAAACCCACCACGGAUUUAUCUUCUGGGUUGAGAAAAUUCGUGAAAUGGUACGUGAAUUACUUUGGGAUUGAAUCGAAACACUCGAAAGAAACCCAACAUUUCGAUGAAUCCAGUUAAGAACAAGCUUUCAUAUUUUCAUUUCCAUGGCUGCUGCCCGGUCCUUUUUAAUUUUUCAUUGUUAUUUAAUGGUUAUAUUGAUGUAAAAAAGAAAACCAAAAAAAAGAAAAGGGAUCAAAAUUGUUGCAAUUCUCGUUCAUGUAGAAUAUAUAAAUUUAUAGAUUUUAUAUAUAGAUUUUGAUGAAAUAUAUAGGAAAUGUGAAGAAAAAAAAAAGGGGGGACACAAUUAUGAAAGGGAGAGAGAAAAGGUUGUAGAUCUGUGGAGAUGAGGUGUAAUAAUUUGGUGGGCUCUGCUUAAGAAAAAGGGCAGGUCUUGACCGUUGAUUUUUCAUAUCAAAAGAAAAGAAUGAACUUGUGAUUGAACAACAAUGAUGACAUAAGAUUCUUUCUUUUUAUGCAUUUCUGUAUUUAUCUUGAGUUUUAUAUCUUAGUCAAGAUUUUAAGUUUUUUGUGUUA